AUGACGACAGAAGCGGUGCCGUCGCACAGGCUUCUGACGAUCCAGAGCCACGUAGUGUGCGGCUAUGUGGGUAAUCGCUCUGCGACAUUUCCGUCGCAGCUGCUUGGAUGGGAUGUGGAUGUGGUGAAUACGGUGCAGUUUUCGAACCACACCGGCUAUGGCCGAUGGGGUGGACAGCGCAUCGAGGCGGCCGCUCUCGCGGACGUGUUGGAGGGCAUGGAACGCAACGGUCUGCUGCGCCAGAACCGCGUGCUCACGGGAUAUACACCCUCGUCCGAGGCCCUGAGCGUCGUCGAGGCCUUUAUCCGGAGGCUGCGCCAGGAAAAGCCGGAUAUGAUCUAUUUGUUAGAUCCGGUCAUGGGCGAUAUGGAUCGUGGCAUGUACGUGAACCCGGACGUGCUGCCGGUGUACCGGCGUCUUUUGCCGCUCUCGACGAUCAUUUGCCCUAACCAGUUCGAGGCACAAGUACUCGCAGGCCAAGACAUUACAUCACUCGCCUCGCUGCAUCAGGUGCUGGACACGCUACAUAUGACCUACGGCGUCCCCCACGUCGUCAUUACAUCGCUGGAGUUGCCGGCGGACGACAUGGAAAAGCUUGGCAUGAAAUCGACGAUGCCUGACGGAAAGCCUGCCAUGUUGCUCGUCGGCUCGUCGCGUCAGGAACGGCCUUGGUACCUGACCUUCCCAUCGCAGGGCGAGUACUUUUCGGGCGUGGGCGACCUGUUUGCUGCCCUCGUCCUAGCGCGCUUCGCCGAGCACGCCUCUGAGCUGCCGGAACCGGCGCGGGCAUCAUUCGAGGCGUGUGUAUCGCGCGAUGCGAGCAAUAUCAAAUUGUCGCCUAUAGCGCGGGCCGUGACGCUGGCCGUGGCGUCUUUGCAGCACGUGUUGGACGGCACGCGCGCUGCGAUGGAGGCAGAAGGUCAGCGCCUCGGCAUCGAUCCGUUUGUGCCUGCGCACCUCGCCAGCGUAGAUGAUCGCGUUCGCAUUAUGCGCCUGCGAGAACUCCGUGUGGUGCAGAAUCCAGGCGCCUUUCUGCAUCCCUCCAUUCUUGGCAGGCCCCGAUGGCUGCCGCUGUAG